AUGUCGGGACAUCACCACGACCAUGGCGAUGGCCACGGCCACUGCCACAGCGAAGAUCACGAUCACUCCAACGAUAUCACGCCAGCCAUCCAAUCCCUGCUCUAUUCUCAAAUUGAUUUCGACAAGAUCACUACACUUAACGAGUCCGUCCCCAAGGCCGGCGCAGCUAUCACGCAAAAGACUUGGGCCGAGCGACUCAAUGACAAGCCCGAGCUUGAGAGCGACGCAGACGAGCAACUGCUCAUGAACAUUCCAUUCAAUGGCCAAGUCAAAGUCCAUUCCCUACUUAUAUACACAGCCCCAACAAUCUCCGCCCCGAAAACCAUCAAGCUCUUCAAGAACCGCGACGACCUAGACUUCUCCAUGGCCUCGGAGCUAUCCCCAACGCAAACAAUCGAAGUCCCACAACCCAUUCCUGGUGCCGAUGUCUUCGAACUGCCGCUCAAUCGCGCUCAUUGGAACGCGACUACCUCUAUCACCCUCUUCUUCGAGGAUAACUGGAGUGAUGGCGAGGAGGAUGUUACUCAGGUUGGUUAUAUUGGGUUCAAGGGCCAAUUUUUGAAGUUAGCGCGUGAACCCAUUAGUUUUCUUUAUGAGGCUGCUGCGAAUCCUCAGGAUCAUGUUUCUAUUCCUGGGGUUAGUGGAGUUGGGGGGAGGGUUAUGCCUGGUCAGUAG